CAUACAAUUUUGAACGUCUCCUACACACACAAAACACACAGUAGGUGUUGGAGAGAGAGAAAGAGAGAGACAGAGAGAGGGAGAGAGAUGGACGCAGCGUUGGGAUUGAUGAGAAGAAUACCACCGAAGCACAUCGACACCGCACUCUCCGCUCUUCUCAGUUUGUUACCUCACCAUUCCGCCGAUCUUCUCUCCCAAGUCGAUCAGCCUCUCCAGGUGUUGAGCGAUAUUGAAUGUGGGAGGGAGUUUAUAUUGUGCGAGUAUAAUAGAGAUGCCGACUCUUACAGGUCACCCUGGUCAAAUAAAUACCAUCCUCCAUUGGAAGACGGGCCUUACCCAUCAUCAGAAUUAAGAAAACUUGAAAUUGAAGCAAAUGACGUCUUUGCAGUUUAUUGUGAACAGUAUUAUGAGGGCGGGAUUUCUUCAGUAUAUAUGUGGGAAGAUGAAAAUGAAGGAUUUGUUGCUUGCUUCUUAAUAAAGAAAGAUGGCUCGAAGUCCGGACAUGGUAGAAGAGGUUAUCUGCAAGAGGGCGCUUGGGAUGCAAUACAUGUAGUUGAGGUGGGGCCAGAUGAAAACGGAACUGCCCAUUAUUGUUUGACUAGUACUGUUAUGCUGUCUUUGACUACAAAUAAUGAGUCAUCAGGCUCCUUCAAUUUAUCAGGAUCAAUCAGAAGACAGAUGAAUAUGGACCUUGCAGUUGCAGAAGGUCAUCUGCAAAACAUGGGAAAGAUGAUAGAAGAACUAGAAGGGAAGCUGAGGAAUUCAUUAGACCAGGUUUAUUUUGGGAAAACAAAAGAGAUGGUUUGCACUUUACGACCGCCUGCUGAAUUACUGCAAAUGAGAUUCCCCCAUCAUCGAGAUGUGUGAGCUUUUUUUUGACAUAUGAAGUAGGAUCAUGUGUAGACCUGUUGUUUCUUGGUGAUUUGCAAAUUUAAUGAUGUGAUGAUGGGUUUUGGAAUGCAAUUAUAAUGUGUAUUAUUUUGGGAUUCAAAAGACCCCGAAUCAUGGAUUACCCCUCUAGAGUUGAGAUUGAACUGCAGAACUGGUAAAAUUUACUUUGUAGUUUGUAGAUAGAUAUUCUUGCAUGUGAAUUAAGACUUCAGGAACAUAUUUUUUUUA